AUGCAGACCGUUGUCCUCAAAGUUGGUAUGUCAUGCCAAGGUUGCGUUGGUGCCGUCAAUAGAGUCCUAGGCAAAAUGGAAGGGGUUGAGUCAUUCGACAUUGACAUAAAGGAACAAAAGGUGACAGUGAAAGGUAAAGUUGAGCCUGAGGCAGUUUUUCAAACAGUUUCAAAGACUGGAAAGAAGACUUCUUACUGGCCCGUGGAGGCUGAGGCGCCUAAAGCCGAGGUUGAGCCUAAGGCCGAGACUGAGACAAAACCUGAAGCUGAGAAUAAGACUGAGGGUAAGGUUGAUGCUGAGGUACUGGAUGCUAAGGUUGAUGCUAAAGUCGAGGCUAAGGCUGAUGUUGAACCGAAACUCGCAGAAACAGAGACUAAGACUGAGGCUAAGGUUGAUGAUGAGGUACUUGAUGCCAAGGUUGAUGUUGAACCGAAACUCGUUGAAGCCGAGACUAAACCACCACAAGUUUAA